AUGUCUCUGCCUGGUCUGCGAGGCACUUCGCGUGCCCUCCGCGGCAUCGCGAGGCCGGCGACCCUCCCCGUCGCCGGCAGGAGGGCCAAGUCGUCCAUGGCCAUGGACGGCCAGCAGCAGCUCCUCGCCGCGCACCUCCAGAAGGCGGACCCGGCCGUCUUCGACAUCAUUGAGAAUGAGAAGAAACGCCAGAAGCACUUCAUCAACCUGAUCCCCUCCGAGAACUUCACCUCCCAGGCCGUGCUUGACGCGCUCGGCAGCGUCAUGCAGAACAAGUACUCCGAGGGCUACCCCGGUGCCCGGUACUAUGGCGGCAACGAGUUCAUCGACCAGGCGGAGCGCCUGUGCCAGCAGCGCGCCCUCGAGGCGUUUGACCUGGACCCCAAGAACUGGGGCGUCAACGUGCAGGCCCUCUCCGGUGCGCCGGCCAACCUCUACGUGUACUCGGCGCUCAUGAACACGCACGACCGCCUCAUGGGCCUCGACCUCCCCCACGGCGGCCACCUGUCGCACGGCUACCAGACGCCCACCAAGAAGAUCUCCUUCAUCUCCAAGUACUUCGAGACCCUGCCGUACCGCCUGGACGAGUCGACGGGCCUCAUCGACUACGACAAGCUCGAGGAGAUGGCCCUCCUCUACCGCCCCAAGAUCAUCGUCGCCGGCGCCAGCGCCUACAGCCGCCUGAUCGACUAUAAGCGCAUGCGCGAGAUCUGCGACAAGGUCAACGCCUACAUGCUGGCCGACAUGGCGCACAUCUCGGGCCUGGUCGCCGCCAAGGUCAUGCCCGGCCCCUUCCCGUACGCCGACAUCGUCACCACGACGAGCCACAAGAGCCUGCGCGGCCCGCGCGGCGCGCUCAUCUUCUUCCGCAAGGGCGUGCGGAGGCAGAACCCCAAGACCAAGGAGGACGAGAUGUACAACCUCGAGGGCCCCAUCAACACGUCCGUCUUCCCCGGCCACCAGGGCGGCCCGCACAACCACACCAUCACGGCGCUCGCCGUCGCCCUCAAGCAGGCCCAGUCGCCCGACUUCCACGCCUACCAGUCGCAGGUGCUGGCCAACGCAAAGGCCUUUGCCAAGCGCCUCGGCGACGACAAGGGCAAGGGCGGCCUCGGCUACAGCAUCGUCUCGGGCGGCACCGACAACCACCUCGUGCUGGCCGACCUCAAGCCCCACGGCGUCGACGGCGGCCGCGUCGAGCGCGUCCUCGAGCUGGUCGGCGUCGCGGCCAACAAGAACACGGUGCCCGGCGACCGCUCCGCCCUCGUGCCCGGCGGCCUGCGCAUGGGCACCCCCGCCAUGACGACGCGCGGCUUCAACGAGGACGACUUUGUCCGCGUCGCCGACGUGGUCGACCGCGCCGUCGCCAUCGCCGCCCGCGUCGACAAGACGGUCCGCGCCGCCGCCAAGGACAAGGGCGAGAAGAGCCCCGGCAAGCUCAAGCUCUUCCUCGACCACCUCGGCAACGGCGACAACGAGCCCGAGAUUGUCCAGCUGCGGAGCGAGGUCGAGGACUGGGUCGGCACCUACCCGCUGCCCUGGGAGUCGGGCAAGUAA